CCACCUUACAUUUUCCAUCGUAUCUGUUCCAACUGCAUUCGCGUUCAACAAUGCCACGUCAGCAACGUGCCAGGUCUUAUCUUCGAAUGAGCCUAGGAGUGUUCCCAGCUGAAUAAUAUGUGUGGCACCCCCGUGCCCCCAAUUAUAGAUUAAUAGAGCUACCGUGGUUGAUUAGCUUUCAUUCCUGGCGAUACUGUUAUCUGGAAGAAGUCUCAUCUCGUCUAGAUCUCUCAACUGGUUUUUCAAAGAUGCUUCAAAUCGCCGUUCUGCUUUUGGCUACGGCCUGUGCAAACGCAGGAUUCUCCGACCCGAACUUUGUUGGCGAUCGACAGGUCAUAGUUCAUCUAUUUGAAUGGAAAUGGACCGACAUCGCUAGAGAAUGCAGAGAAUACCUUGGACCGCAUGGAUUUGCCGGUGUACAGGUUUCCCCGCCAAUGGGACACCGGGAGUUUGGAGACGUACCAACUCCCUAUCCGUGGUGGCAACGCUACCAGCCCGUAAACUACACGCUCGAGAGUCGUAGCGGCACCGAAGCGGAGUUUAGGGACAUGGUGGCUACAUGUAACGAGAAUGGGGUUCGAAUCUACGUUGAUGCUGUCAUUAACCACAUGGCAGUUGAUGAUAGUUACACGUUUGAAGCUGUACCAUACUACCCUCCAAACUUCAACGUACCGAACGGAAAGUGCAACACCACGAGCGGCAACAUCGAGAGUUACCAAGACGCUUAUCAAGUCCGGAAAUGCAACUUGGUAGGUCUUUGUGAUCUGGACCACUGCAAUUUGGACACCAGGACGAAGGUCCAGGAGUACCUCAACAGAGCACUGAGCUACGGCGUGGCCGGGUUCCGAUUCGACGCAGCUAAGCACAUGUGCCCUGGGCAAAUCAGCAAGAUCCUCAGUGGUUUGCAGGAUUGCAAGUUUGGAGGUUCCCCCUACCUGUAUCAAGAGGUCAUCGACCGGGGCGGUGAGCCGAUAAAAUCAUCCGACUACACCCAUCUCGGAGAUGUCACCGAAUUCAAAUAUUGCGGCUACAUUGCGGGAAUCGCUGAUGGAUCCUUCGACCUCAGAUCUCUGAAGGAUUUCGCGACAGAAAUGGGAAUGCUUGAAUCGUCGUCAGCCUUCGUCUUCGUGGAUAACCACGACAACCAGCGGGGCCAUGGUGGCGCAGGAAACGAGAUCUUGUCAUUCCAAAAGCCAAAGUUUUACAAAAUGGCCGUUGCAUUCACUCUCGCAAAUAACUACGGUACAACUAGGAUCAUGAGCUCUUACAAGUUCAAUAACACUGAUCAAGGACCUCCAAGCAAUAACGGCAAGGACACCAAGUCUCCAGAGUUCAACUCGGAUUCAACCUGCAAGGGCAACUGGGUCUGCGAACAUCGAUGGCCAGAGUUCCGUAACAUGGUUCGCUUCCGCAACAUCGCCGGUACCGCACCCGUAACCUGGACGUACGAGUCAAGUACGUUCAUCGCGUUCUCCCGUGGAAACAAGGCCUUCUUUGCUCUGAGCACUGGGGAAAGUCAAGAAUGCCGGCGGAUUCUGACAAAUCUCGAUCCGGGCACCUAUUGUGAUCUGAUUAGCGGCGAGUCCUCUGGACAAGUUUGCACGGGGAAGGUUAUCACUGUCGAUGGUAGUCGCUUUGCUAACAUCUGCCUGGGUGGGGAGGAUUCCAUGGUGGCUAUAACUGUCUAAGAUUCAAAUGUUAAUUACACAUCAUCAGGGUGAUGAUAGCGGAAUAGAAUUACUCCAAACACCAGAUUAAAGAAAAACGGAAACCACUUACAUGGAAAACCUGGCCAUUACGUUGAAGUAAAAUAUAAUGAAAUGAAAUCAGUGAUAAAUGGAUCAUUUACUAUUGCAUGUAUAAUGAAAUCUGUUUGAUUUCGAUGUAUGUUCUUUUAGCAAAUUAGGAGACCUUCUUUCGCUUCUUUGGUUCUCAGGGGAGGGGGAUGGGGAUCGAAUUCCCCAGAUGUUGAAAGAAAAAAGAACUAAAACAUAAUGUAGGCGACGAAUAAUAAAGAAGCAACGAUUAUGAUGAUAAUUGGAUAGAAUAUAUUUGAGGUAAAUUAUCAGUUAUGAUCUCGCAAACUGUAAUAAUGCUGUAUAUAGAACAGCGUGAGGCAACGAACGUAGAGGGCGUCAACCCUUUGCAGUUUGAUGAUACAUACCCCUCCUCUACCCCCACCCCAAUUCACCCCUGUUGUCUACACCCGACUGCUUGAUGAACUACGGAUACAAGGGGCACGUUGCAGAAAGAGUUGCGUUUAAAGGCAAGUCAAAACAUCAGUCACAAGUCCUGAAUGCACGCUGUUGAUUGGUUGAAAAUCAAGUUGCGCAUGACUUUUAGAGUUGCGAUUGAUUGCAACUCUUUCUGCAACGGGCCACAAAAUGAAUAUUUGACCUACAAACAAUAUCAAAGACAAGACUACGAAUUAAGGUGCAAUCAAUAAACAAUAAUUAAGCAUAUAAAAUACAAUUUUUUUUAAUAAAGUGACCGAUUGGAUCACGGACCCGAAGAAAAACAAAUUAAACCUCUACAUCAGAAACCCAAAGCAACAAAACACUGAUAAUGAAAAAAAGGAUAGAUUACGAGAUUACGACAAAAUCAGAUUCUUGAUCUUGAGUUCUAUACUGUGAUCCCGGUAAACAUGCUUGCAUCAGAGUAAUAAAAAGCUCUUUAUUCAAUAGGGUUAUACGGCAGCAUUAUGACUGCCAAAAUAUGGGAUGGUUGAAAAUAUUUAUAAUGCCAUUGAAAAGAAAAUAGAUACAGGGUUGUUUAUGAUUUUCCUGGGGGGUUUAACAAUUACUUUUAAUUGAUGAGCUUUCAAAAUAAAGGUUGAUUAUAAAAGAGAAAUCCCCGUUGUCAUGAUUUCAAUAUAAAUUUAAUAAUGAAAUUGAUUUUAUCAUCAGUGCGCGGAGAUGGGGGUGAUGAUUUUGGAGAGAAAGGUAGACUGGAA